GUCCGGGUCUUUGUCUCUGCUCUCGUCUUCUGCCGUUUUGCCUCGUGCCUCUGCCAGUUUCCGGUGCAGCCCACCGCUCGUGUUGACUGGCGCCUGACCGUCUCACGCUUUGGCGCCCACGGGCCGCCCAAAAAGUAGAGGAAAACACGGGCGGAGCGGAUGGCGGCACGGCGGCGAGCGGUGCUGGCUGCGGAUCAGGGCCUGGCUGCCGCCAGGGCACAGGUCUAGCUGUGCAGGCAGUGCGGAACAGCUGCGCGGCGAUCGUGGUGGAGCCAGAUCUGGCUGUCCGCGUCGCGGCGCUCUCUGGGCUCUGCUGCGGGGCGUCGCUCCAUCGGGGGAGGAGGUCCUGAAGAGGAACGUGGCGCUGCACGCGGACGGCAAGGGGCAGUGCAUAGCGUUGGCGUGCGGCGCGCUGGUGCGCAGACUGCAGACCGAUGGCCGCCUGGAGGCGCGCCAGGCGCCGCGGAGGUGCCCCCCGUGUGCGUCGGCUGGGGGUGGAGCGCGGCGGCUUCUCCCUCCGUGCGCGGCGCGGGCGGGCACUUUUGCUUGGCAGGGCGCGGGGACGUCGAAGAGUUGCUGGAGGCGCUGAGGCCCGCCAAAGCGGGCCCGCACGAGGAAAACAGCAUGGAGCAGACGGAGGACGACGACCCCGAGGAGCAGGAUGGCGGGGAUGGCGACGUCGAAGCGGAGUCCGGGAGCGGCGAGUGCGAACCCCCGUCGGCCGACAGCUUCGACGGCUUUGGGGAACCAGGGGCGUGCGUGGGCGAGGGCAUGGAUCAGGCACAAACGUCUUGUCGGCAGGCGGCCUGGAGGACGAGGACUUCGUGCUGGAGGCGCGAGGGCAGCGACGGCGCGGAGGUGGAGGGGCCUGCCUGCCGAGUCCGCAGCAGAACGCCGAGGCCACGCCGAUGCGCCGCCACGAGCGCGGGCGGGCCCACGACGGCGGCCUCUAUUAGACGAGGCGGCGGGGAGGAGCUUCGGCCGCCGCGCGUGGGAGGAGUGCGCCGCCGAGGGCGGCCGCGCCGCGCCGGAGACGCUCCUGAGCGGAUUGCCGUCCGAGAAGGUCGGCAGACUCUUCGAGGUGGGGCUCGCGGCGGAGGAGGUGGUCAAGGAGUUGGGCCUGGCGAAGGGGCGCGGCAGCGCCGAGCAGGAGGCGGAAAGAGGGGUCGCUUUCGAGGCAGGUCGGCCAGGCGGGGCAGGGUGAAGGCGGCCGUGCGCGAGUGCCAUGCGCACAUCGCCCACCGCGGGUGGAACGCUCGCGGCGCCGGCAGAAGCGUCAGAA